AUGUCUAAGGUGCUUCAUUUAAACACACCUGUAUCUUCCGAAUCCACAGUACUUUCGACUUGGUCCUCAACUUCGUCAAUAAGCACCUUGUCAUCUGUUUCUGCUAGUUCUACUGUUGUACUUCCACAGAAACCCUCACUUGAAACUGGACCAAUUAUGUUGAGAACUGGAUCAAGUAAUGAUGUGCUUGGAAAUAGUCACUUUGAAAGGGAACAAAGAAUUGCAGAAUUGGUGCUCAACAAUCCCGAUAUUGCCUCAACUGCUUCAGGAAAACCCCAAAUUGUUUUCAUUCACAAAUUGUAUGAUAUGUUGAGUAAUGAUUCGAUCUCAAAUUUGAUUAGAUGGGCUCCCGAUUUGACUUCGUUUUAUGUAUUUCCGGGUGAAAAGUUUUGCAAAGUACUUGCUCAGUAUUUCAAGCACACAAAUGUAUCUUCAUUCAUUAGGCAAUUGAACAUGUACGGGUUUCAUAAAGUCAGUGAUAACAACAGCUCAGCACCUUCUUCAGAAAGUAAAAACAAUUCAAGAUGGGAGUUUCGUCAUUCACAAAAUCAAUUCAAAAAGGGAGAUAUUGAAUCAUUGAAAUAUAUUAAAAGAAGAAGUUCAAAGACUGUCAAUGUGCAAAAAGAAGUUGUGGAUUUAAAAUCCAUUCCACAUCCAGGUGAAUUUUCAUCAAGACAUCCUGAACACGAGCAUUCUCCUUUCAAUACCCAUUACUCAACUCCGAGUCCUUCACAAGCUCCAAGAAAUGGAUACUCCAUGUUCCCAUAUCAGAUGCCACAAACUCCUCAGUUUUCCUUGGAUGUUCCAGUCCUGCAACCAUCAUUACAAAUACAGACUCAGCAAAUUGAUAGACUAGUCCCCAAAUUGAAAUCUCCGUUGACUCCAAUUCAACCAACAACCAGCUUACAAAACCUUAACCAAAGGGGGCCAGAUUCUACAUUGCCAUUGCCACAAGCACUACAAGGUCGUCCACAGGACUACGUUCACCAAAGACCACCAAUCAGUACCCAGUAUUCUUUCGAAGGUAAAGCUGCAGCAGAAGCGACAAACUCAAUGUCUACUGAAAUGGAGUAUUGGAAGAGAAAACACUGUGAAAUAUCGGCUGAUUUUGAUACUUUGGUUGGAAUUGUUGAGAGGGGAACCAACAUUAAUGUGGAAUAUCAAAAGUUCAAAGAAUCAAUGUUGACUAGGCGUCUGUUGCAUCAUCAAUCAACAUCUUCCAUUGCAGCUCCUCAAGCCGACAAAGCUUCAUCUUUAUCCACUUACUACCCACAAUACAAACCAAAGUUCAAUCCUCCUACAACGAAGCAAAGAGCAGAGUCAAAGUCUUAUAGUCCGUUAAGCACAACGAUGGCACAAAGGGAGCAAUACCUACAUAAACAUCAACAAGUAUCGGUGGAUAUGAGGAUACCGCCUCUUAUGGUACCUCAAACACAACGAACAAAUUCUCUACCUGGUGAGUUACGUGAAGAGACAGGCAAGUUAUCGCCAGCCAUCACCAGAACAUUAGUUGGAAAGAGAAACUCUGAUUCAUUGAUAUCCGCCCCAAAACUACCUAGUGUUAAUGAAUUAACAAUGAACUUGCCAGUCUUUAAUCCCAAUAUGAACUUCAAGAGGAAGAGGUCACAAUAA